CGGUAAGUUGAGAAGGACGCGAGAGUUUCAGCAACACGGAGCUCUGUUCAUUUCCCGGGCCUCUCCUGGGCUAGAAGUGCGUCCGUGGUCUGUCUUGUUCUGCCCUCAGUCUCGAUAUGAGCCCUGCCUUGGAUAGAUACUGCUGAAUCUGUAAGAGAUGCCACUGCCAGUACCACCCCAAUGCUCCAAACCUGAGGCUAAGAAAUCUCAGUCCAGCAAAAUUGUGCCCAGUGAUCAUGGCACAUCUCAAAAGAGAGGGGAGAAUUGCCAAACAAAGAGAUCUCCAUCUUCACCUCUGGGACCACUCAAAAAGAGAUCAGCUUUUGAAGAUCUCACCAAUGCUUUUCAAAGUCAACCUGCUCAGCCCAAAAAGGAAGCCAAUAAUGAGUUUGUUAAAGAUAUUUCCAAGAAGACAAACAGGAACACACCUGCUUGUGAGUUGGCCAAAAACAAGAUGAAUGUAAAAAGGUAUAAACUGGAACCCUCACCAGUAGUAGUCUCAACCACCAUGGUACCAAAUAUUAUAGACAAACCACUCAUUCCGGAGAUAUCUACCAUCUCCAAAACACCCACUACUGAAGAGGCAUCUCUUCUCAAAAAGCCAUUUGUUUUAAAAGAAAAACCCACUACUGAGAAUACAACCCUCAUCAAGAGGUCAUUAUCUUUAAAGAAGUGCACAAAUCAGGGGGAGGUGGCCCUCUUUGAGGAGCCACUAUCCUUGCUGGAGGAGACUGAGAGUGAUGUUGUAGAGUCAAUGAUUUUUGGGAAGAAUCAUAAAGCUGGGGAGGCAGCCAUUAUCAAGAGGACAUUAUCCUUAAUGAAUAUGUCCACACAUCAGGAGAAGCAGUCCUGUUCAGAGGAAUUUUUGACCUUGGUGGACAUCAGUGAUGAAGAGGAUUUUUUCCCUGUGGAGCCCACAAACUCUAUGAAGAAGCCUAAAACUGAGGAGGCAACCCCCACCGAGAAGCUGUUAUCUUUAAAGAAAAAGUGUUCCACUAAGGGGGAGAUAUCCUGUAUGAAGAAUCCACUGGUGUUGCAGAAGACCACCUCUGAUGAGAAGUCACUCACUAAGGAGCUGUUGUCUUUUAGGAGAAAGCCUACCACUGAGAAGAAACCCCUCUUCCAGAAGCCACCUGCAUUGCAAGAGAAGCACACCACUGAGCAAGAGGUGUCCAUCUUUGAGAAAUCAUUGGUCUUGCAGGAGGAGAUUGACACUGAAGAGGACUCCCUCUUUGAGGAGCCAUUGGCUUUUAAGAAGCAACCUACCACUAAGAAAACCCUCAUCUUUAGGCAAUUAUGUUUAAAGAAGAAUUACACUAUUCAGAGGAAGAUUCCCCACUCAAUGAGCCCAUUAGUAUUUCAGAAGACCACCUCUGGAGAGGAGGCAUCCAUUAAGGAAUCAUUGUCCUUAAGAAAAAAGCCUACGACUAAGGAGGAGUCCUUCUUCCAGGAGCUAUCUGUGUCACAAGGGAUGCACACCACUGAUGGAGAGGUGACCCUCUUGAAGGAGCCAUGGGCAUUGCAGGAAGAAAAAGAUAGUGAAGAUGAAUUUCUUAUGGAGCAAAUUUCCUUUAGGAAGAAGUGUACUACUAAGGAGGCAACCCUCUCCAAGAAGCCAUUACCUUUAAAGGAGAAAUGUACCACUCACGGGAAGGUGUACCACUUCAAGAAGUCACUAGUAUUACAGACGAUCACCUCUGAAGAGAAGUCAUUCGUUAAGGAGCCAUUAUCCUUUCAGAAAAAGCCUAUCCCUAAGGAGUCCCUUUUCCAAGAGUCAUCUGUAUUGCAGGAGAAGCACACCACUCAAGAGGAGGAGUCUACCUUAAAGAAGCCCUUGGUGUUGCAAAAGACUCCAACUUUUGAAAAAGAGUCACUCUUAAAGGAGCCUUUGGCUUUCAAGAAGCAUACCAUUGAGGAGGCAACCUCCACCAAGAAGCCAUUACCCUUAAAGGAGAAGUGUACCACUCACGGGAAGGUGUGCCGCUUCCUGAAGCCACCAGUAUUACAGGUGAUCACCUCUGAAGAGAAGUCAUUCGUUAAGGAGCCAUUAUCCUUUCAGAAAAAGCCUAUCCCUAAGGAGUCCCUUUUCCAAGAGCCAUCUGUAUUGCAGGAGAAGCACACCAAUGAAGAAGAGGAGGCAUCUAUCUUAAAGAAGCCCUUGGUCUUGCAAAAGUCUCCAACUUUUGGAAAAGAGUCACUCUUAAAGGAGCCUUUGGCUUUCAAGAAGCAUACCAUUGAGGAGGUAACCUCCACCAAGAAGCCAUUACCCUUAAAGGAGAAGUGUACCACUCACAGGAAGGUGUGUCACUUCACGAAGCCACCAGUAUUACAGACGAUCACCUCUGAAGAGAAGUCAUUUGUUAAGGAGCCGUUAUCCUUUCAGAAAAAGCCUAUCCCUAAGAAGUCCCUUUUCCAAGAGUCAUCUGUAUUGCAGGAGAAGCACACCACUCAAGAAGAGGAGGCAUCUAUCUUAAAGAAGCCCUUGGUCUUGCAAAAGUCUCCAACUUUUGAAAAAGAGUCACUCUUAAAGGAGCCUUUGGCUUUCAAGAAGCAUACCAUUGAGGAGGCAACCUCCACCAAGAAGCCAUUACCCUUAAAGGAGAAGUGUACCACUCACGGGAAGGUGUGCCGCUUCCUGAAGCCACCAGUAUUACAGACGAUCACCUCUGAAGAGAAGUCAUUUGUUAAGGAGCCAUUAUCCUUUCAGAAAAAGCCUGUCCCUAAGAAGUCCCUUUUCCAAGAGCCAUCCGUAUUGCAGGAGAAGCACACCACUCAAGAAGAGGAGGCAUCUAUCUUAAAGAAGCCCUUGGUCUUGCAAAAGUCUCCAACUUUUGGAAAAGAGUCACUCUUAAAGGAGCCUUUGGCUUUCAAGAAGCAUACCAUUGAGGAGGCAACCUCCACCAAGAAGCCAUUACCCUUAAAGGAGAAGUGUACCACUCACGGGAAGGUGUGCCGCUUCCUGAAGCCACCAGUAUUACAGACGAUCACCUCUGAAGAGAAGUCAUUUGUUAAGGAGCCAUUAUCCUUUCAGAAAAAGCCUGUCCCUAAGAAGUCCCUUUUCCAAGAGUCAUCUGUAUUGCAGGAGAAGCACACCACUCAAGAAGAGGAGGCAUCUAUCUUAAAGAAGCCCUUGGUCUUGCAAAAGUCUCCAACUUUUGGAAAAGAGUCACUCUUAAAGGAGCCUUUGGCUUUCAAGAAGCAUACCAUUGAGGAGGCAACCUCCACCAAGAAGCCAUUACCCUUAAAGGAGAAGUGUACCACUCACGGGAAGGUGUGCCGCUUCCUGAAGCCACCAGUAUUACAGACGAUCACCUCUGAAGAGAAGUCAUUUGUUAAGGAGCCAUUAUCCUUUCAGAAAAAGCCUGUCCCUAAGAAGUCCCUUUUCCAAGAGUCAUCUGUAUUGCAGGAGAAGCACACCACUCAAGAAGAGGAGGCAUCUAUCUUAAAGAAGCCCUUGGUCUUGCAAAAGUCUCCAACUUUUGGAAAAGAGUCACUCUUAAAGGAGCCUUUGGCUUUCAAGAAGCAUACCAUUGAGGAGGCAACCUCCACCAAAAAGCCAUUACCAUUGAAGGAGAAGUGUACCACUCAUGGGAAGGUGUGCCAUUUCAUGAAGCCACCAGUAUUACAGACGGUCACCUCUGAAGAGAAGUCAUUCAUUAAGGAACCAUUAUCCUUUAAAAAGGAGCCUACCACUGAGGAGGAGUCCCUUGUCAAGGAACAAUUGGCAUUGCAAGAAAAGCACACCACUCAGGAGGAUGUGGCUGUCUUGAAGAAGCCAUGGGCAUUUGAGGAGAAUAUUGAUGGUAAAGAUGAAUUUCUUAUGGAGCCAGUGUCCUUUUGGAAGAAACAUACCACAAAUGUGGCAGACUGUGCCAAUGAGCCAUUAUCUUUAAAGAAAAAAAAGUGUAUCACUCAAAUAAUGGCACCCAUCUGCCAAGAACUGUUGGACUUGCAGAAUGUAGUUGCAGAAGGUAAAGGUUCCUUCUCUAUGGAGUCAGUGUCAUUUCAGAAGAAGUCUUCAACUGAUGAGGCAGUUCUUACCAAGACACCAUUAUCUUUAAAAAAUAAGCAAAUUGCUCAGGGGAAGAUGUUCCUUUUAAAGAAGCCGCUGAUCACAGAGAAGACUACCCCUGAAAAGGAGUCACUGUCUAAGAAGCUGUUGUUCUUAAAAAAAAAGUCUACAACUGAAGAGGAGUUCCUCUUCCAGGAUCCAUCUGUACUGAAAGAGAAGCCCACUACUCUGCAGGAUGUGUCCCACUCAAAGAAGCCAUUGACCUUACAGGAGAAGAUCACUACCGAAGAAGAAUCUUAUAUUAAGGAGCCACUGACCUUGGAGGAGAAGCCUACCACUGAGGAGGAAUUCCCCUUUCAGGAACCAUUUUCACCGCAUGUUAAACCUACCAACAAUGGUGAAGCCCUCCUCUGUAAGGCUUUGACCUUGGAGAAGAAGACUGAUACCAAAGAGGGCUCCUUGAAGAAGCUGUUGACUUUGCAGGAGGAAAGCACCACGGAAGAGGAAUCCCUUUUCAAGAAACCAUUGUUUCUGAAGGAAGAGCUCUCCACUGAAGUGUCAACGAGCACAGAGAGGCAAUUAUCUUUAAAGAAGAAGCCCAGUGCCCAGGGAGAGGUCCUUCUCUUGAAGGAGCAGUUGGCCUUGCAAGAGGACAUCACCAGUGAAGAGGAGUCCCUUAUUAAGCAGCCACAGGCCUUGCAGGAGAAGCCCAGCAUUGAAAAGGAGACCAUCCUGAGGGAGUCCUUGGACUUGCAGGAAAAUCCCAGGAGUAAGGAGACCCUCAUCAAGGAGCCAUUGGCCUUGCAAGAGAAUCUCACUCACAAGGAAGACACCUCUCUCAAAGAUUUCUUGAUCCUCCAAGUUGAAACCAGCCCACACGUAUCUACCACUGCCCCUGAAGCUGGAACAGGCAUGCCCAGCACUGUCACCAUGUCCAAUGUGGGCAAGUUUAGUACCAUGAGCAAGUCCAGUGCUUGUGAAUCCAGUUCCAGUAAGCUUUUCUCACCUCAGGACAAGAAAUCACAGAAGGAGCAGAUGACCCCCCUGGAGGAUACUGACAAGGACCACAAUGAUCCACAUUUCAACUCAGUAUAUGCCAAGGAUAUCUUCAAUUACACGAAGGAGAGAGAGGAAAAGUUCAUACUUAAAAAAUACAUGAACAGGCAGACUGACAUCAACAGUGACAUGAGGGCCAUUCUUGUGGACUGGUUGGUGGAGGUGCAGAUUACAUUUGAGAUGAGGCACGAGACCCUGUACUUGGCAGUGAAGUUUGUGGAUCACUACCUUAUGGAGGUAAUAUGCAAGAAGGACAAGCUACAACUCCUUGGUGCCACUGCUUUUCUGAUUGCAGCAAAAUUUGAGGAGUCCUGCCCACAGUAUGUGGAUGACUUCCUGUACAUCUGCGAAGAUAUUUAUAAGCGUGAUGAGAUGCUUGCCAUGGAAAUCAGCAUCCUGCAAACCCUCAAAUUUGAUGUCAACAUUCCCAUCGCCUAUCAUUUUCUGCGCAGAUAUGCCCGGUGUGUCCAUGCCAGCAUGAAGACACUGACAUUGUCCCGCUUCAUCUGUGAGAUGACCCUGCAGGAAUACGACUAUAUCGAGGAGAGGGCUUCCAAGCUAGCUGCUGGCUCCUUCCUCCUGGCCCUCUACAUGGAGAAACUCGGACACUGGGCUCCUACCCUGGAGUAUUACAGUGGCUACAAGACCUCUGAUCUUCACCCGUUGGUCAGGCAGCUGAACACCCUGCUGACUUCGUGUUCUUGCAAUAAGCUCAAGACUGUCCAUUCCAAGUAUUCCCACCAGGUCUUCUUUGAAGUCACCAAAAUACCCCCCUUGGACCCAUCGAAACUGGAGGAGAUUUUGAACUGCUGCUAAUUCUGAAUCUGAGGGUCUGGUGCUCUGGCAGCAGCCACCCAGGCCAGGCAGGGAUGUACACAGGCCGUAUUUAUUCUGUCCUUGAAUUUGUCUUUUCACUGUUUUUCUUCAUUUUUACUGUCUUUGUUUGUCUUUUGCUAAACUGAUAAUGUAGUAAAUAUUUAAGUUUUUUUCUUUAUGAAAGAGAAUAAACUCUUGUAGUAUUUGAUUAUAAAUUUAAUAAAAAAUUAAUGGUUGUUGUUCAAA